GUAAGUUUGUUAGACUUGUUCAGUACAAAUUGAAAUCGCGAACAAAAUGCCAGACAACGCAACAGAUAUGGAAUUUAAUGCCGACGAGCUGGAAGCGCCGUCUUGGCUGAAUUCCCAGUUUAUACAAAAAGUUCUCAGCGACUUUGAGGAGUCACCGGAAUUGGUGGUCACCGAUCUGAAAAUCACUCCCGCAAGUGCCCAGGGAGAUCACUAUGCCAGCGUCAUGUUCCGCACCACGGUGGAUUACUCAACCUCAAAGGGAAGGUUCUCCAAGCCGCUGAUCAUCAAGACAAUGCCGGAGCAGGAGGGCCACAAGAAGGAUAUGCUCGCGGAGUCGCAUCUCUUCGAAACGGAAAUCGGGAUGUACUGUCAGGUCCUGCCGGAGUUUGAGAGAAUAUUGCUCGAAGCAGGAGAUAAAACUAAGCUCUAUGUACCCUGCCUGUAUCAUAGCUUGGAACCGCGUCAGGUGAUGAUCUUCGAGGAUCUGGUGCCAUUGGGCUACUCUGUCAUCCGCGAUCGUCCUGUCACGGAGGAAGAAAUUAAGAGGGUGUUCUCUAAGCUGGCAAAGUGGCAUGCGGUCAGCAUGAAGGUUAUUUACGAACGUCCCGACUUUCUUAAGGAGUUCAAGUACGGCCUGUUCGACAUGCCCACCAUUCAGACGGAUCCCUUCAUUACCACCGGAAUGGGUAACUUCAUCGAAAUGCUGGACAAGUUGCCGGAGCUGAGGAAGUAUAAACCGCACUUUGAGAAAAUCAAGGACACGUACCUGCAGCGACUGGAGGUGGAGAUGCAGGAAUUCCAUAAAUAUCGUAGAAAUGACAACUACUAUGUCCUGUGUCACGGCGACUUCCAUUUGCGCAACAUGAUGUUCAAGCACAACAAAAAGACAGGCGCCUUCGAAGAUGCCAUGCUCGUGGACUUUCAGAUUAGCAAUCUGUGUCCCAUUACCGUGGACUUGACCUACUCCAUCUAUAUGCUAAUGGAGUCGGAGCAGCGGCAGAAUAUGGGAAGGGAUCUGAUCAACUAUUAUCUUACGGAGCUGGUGGCUACACUGAAGAGCAUUGGAUACAAGGGUAGUAUGCCAACGCAGGCGGGACUCUGGCAGCAGAUUCAUCAGAAUAAGUAUUAUGAUUUCUUUUUGAUAAGUACUUUUCUCCCGCUGAUUUUGGCCGUCAAAUCGAACAGCUUUAAGAUUAACGAUAUGAUCCAGAACCCAGAGGCCCGACGGAAGACCUACUUUUUGGACACGUAUGUGAAGGAUGUGACAAAGCUAUUGCCAAAGUUCGAAAAACUUGGCUAUUUUAAGGGACUUUAAUAUAAACAUAUAUUUAGGUUUUAACUACUGACAAUUAAAGUUUUAAAUAAAUUCAAAAAAUUAUUUUUAAAUACAAUUGUAGAUAUUGUAGAAAAUUGCUUUCCUACUUAGAUUAUUCAAUAUACUCAAGUUGAGAGAAAAUAACAGAGACGAUAACAGCGUUA